UCGACUGAGGCAGCCAUCUUGCUCUUGCCGCAUGCUGUUGUUGGAGGACCCUCCCUGCUUCAGAUUUACCAACAGCAUGAAUCAAGAAAAGUUAGCCAAACUUCAGGCUCAGGUCCGGAUAGGGGGCAAGGGUACAGCUCGCAGAAAGAAGAAGGUGGUACAUAGAACAGCUACAGCUGAUGACAAAAAACUCCAGAGUUCUCUAAAAAAACUGGCUGUGAAUAAUAUAGCUGGUAUUGAAGAGGUGAACAUGAUUAAAGAUGGUGGGACAGUUAUUCAUUUCAACAAUCCCAAAGUCCAAGCUUCCCUUUCUGCUAACACCUUUGCAAUUACUGGUCAUGCAGAAGCCAAACCAAUCACAGAAAUGCUACCUGGAAUAUUAAGUCAGCUUGGUGCUGACAGCUUAACAAGUCUUAGGAACUUAGCUGAACAGUUCCCACGGCAUGUGUUGGAUAGCAAAGCACCAAAACCAGAAGACAUUGAUGAAGAGGAUGAUGAUGUUCCAAAUCUCAUAGAAAAUUUUGAUGAGGCAUCAAAGAAUGAAGCUAACUAAAAUUUUUUCUGGAGUUUGGAAACUGGCAUGGACUAGAUUUAACAAAUCAGCUAUGUGGUUCCAAAGUUUUACAGACAU